AUGCCUCCGAAGAAACCCGCCCCGGCCACGGGGAAUAAAAAAACCCAAGAGAAGAAAAAGGAAAAGAUUAUUGAGGACAAGACUUUUGGCUUGAAGAACAAGAAAGGGGCCAAGCAGCAGAAGUUCAUCAAAAACGUUACCCAUCAAGUUAAAUAUGGCGCGCAGAGCGCCAGACAGGCCGAUGCGGACAAAACCGGGAAGAAGUCCGACAAGAAGAAGGAGCUCGACGAGCUCAACGAGCUCUUCAAACCGGUGGUCGCCGCCCAGAAAGUCAGCAAAGGAGUGGACCCAAAGUCGGUGCUGUGCGCCUUCUUCAAGCAAGGCCAGUGCACCAAAGGGGACAAGUGCAAGUUCAGCCACGACCUGUCCAUGGAGAGGAAGUGCGAGAAGAGGAGCCUCUACGUGGACGAAAGAGACGAAGACCUGGAGAAAGACACCAUGGAGAACUGGGACGAGAAGAAGCUGGAGGAGGUGAUCAACAAAAAACACGGAGAGGCCGAGAAGAAGAAAGCCAAAACUCAAAUAGUGUGCAAGUACUUCCUGGACGCCAUCGAGAACAACAAGUACGGCUGGUUCUGGGUGUGUCCAGGAGGGGGCGACACCUGCAUGUACCGGCACGCGCUGCCGCCCGGCUUCGUGCUGAAAAAGGACAAGAAGAAGGAGGAAACCGAGGAGGAGGUUUCCCUGGAGGAGCUGAUAGAGAACGAGCGAGCGGCUCUGGGCGUGGAGGUGACCCGCAUCACGCUGGAGACCUUCCUGGCCUGGAAGAAGAGGAAACGGCAGGAGAAGGUGGGGAUCCAGGACCUCCCGGGGGGGUCGUUUUUUUAA